AUGGCCACCGACUGCACAGAAUCGCACAUGCGCCUCUUCUUCGCCGUGCCCCUCUCCCCAAGUCUGGCUGCACGCAUCGCAGGAUGGCGCGACACGUUACGCCUUCCGCGCGUGGCGGCGCCAGUACUGGCGUCCAACAUGCACAUCACGCUCGCCUUCCUUGGCAACGUGCCUUGCGAGCAGGUGCCUGCGCUUCUGCGGCUCGGCGCGCGCGUGGCUGCCCGUGAAGCGCGCGGCGAACUGGUCCUCGACCGCGUGCAUUGUUGGCGCAACGGUGUUCUGCACCUUGCCCCGAGCCCAAAGGAAGAUGAGCGUGCGCGGCUCGCUCGUCAGCGAUCCAACCCUGCACCGCCCAUUAAGACGCCACCAAGUCUCAACCGCUUCAAGAGCCUCUCGAUCUCCUCGCAUCCAGACGGUUCAACCCCAAGCCCGACUACUUCAACGCCCGCGAUCUACAGGGGAUCCACGGGCCGCACAUUCCCCGUCUCGCCUGGUUCUUCCACGAGCAACGAGCCACCCUCCCCAUCCACAACCGAGACGACCCUCACCUCCGUCUCAUCGACGAGCAGCAUCGAUAAUCCUCCGGAUCAGCUGUCGGUGCACGCCCUCGCUGCGGCGCUAAGGGCCGAGCUCGAGGCCGAGGGAGUACACUUCGACGACCGCGAGUUCAGCGCGCAUCUCACGCUCGCUAGGCGAGCUGCGCACGUUCGGGGACGCGCGCGUUUCCGCGUCCCUAUAACCAGCCUGGUCCUCUACGUCUCACGGACGGACGGGCGGCACGUAGCGUACACCGCACUCGGCGAGUGGCCUUUGACACGAGAGGGGUCACAGAGGAUGACUGGUGAAAAGUGGAGGAGGACGCAGGAGAAGGGGAGGAUAGUGGCGCGGGAGGGGAAAGGCGAGAAAAUGGGAAUUGUGAAUGAUGUCGUGCAAGUGGGAGGAGAAAGCAGAGAAAGCCAUGGUCAUGUGUUAGAGGGAAAGGCUGAGGAGGGAAGCCUGCUGCUUACCGCGGACUUUGCCGGCGAGGUCGACACCGAGUUGAGUAGAAUACUGGGCAUACCCGAAUCUAGCGCCACCCCAGUGACUGGAACGUCACAAUAG